AUGGCGAGGUUACGCCGCGAGGAGGUCGCCGCGGCGCGACGCGACGUGCUCUCCGUGGUGGUCCCCGAGGGAGCGGAGGACAGCCUGGACGCGCUGCAGCACGCCAGUGAACGCCUCGAGGCCGACGCGACGGCGCUGCGUCGCGAGAUCCUCCACGGCGCGCUCCGAGUCCUCGCGUCGAACGACGAAGCGUGUGAUGCCGCGGACCGAGAAAAACAUGAUGCCGCGGAAGUCGCGACCGUCGCCGCGCUCGCGGACCUCGCGCCGCCGCGUUCCCCCGAGGAUCCGCCGGACGAGACCCCGGACGAUGACCACAUGACAACAUUCGGCCGCGUCGCGUCGCCGGGCCGCGAGACGAGGCGCGAGGACGCGGACAUCGCGAAACGCGCGGCGACGCUCGAGGCGGAAUCCAUCCGACUGCGAACGCUGACCGUCGCGGCGGACGUCGCCGAGGCGUUCGCGCGCGCGGAGGCGUCGAUCCACGAGGCUGAGGCCGCGUUGGGGCGAGGCGAGUACGAGAUCGCGGCGGCACAUGUGGCGGCGACGCGCGACGCCCUUCGCGACGCGUCACCGGGCGGUGACUCACCGGGCGGGGGCGGUGACUCGUCGGUGAUUGGCGAGAUUCGAGCCGCGGAUCGCGAAGCCGCCGUCGGCGCAGCCAUCGCGUCCAUCGACGCCGCGAUUCGUCGCGACCUCGCCGCGUCGCUUCACGCCUCGUUCUCGUUCGUGGGCGAUACGAACCGUCGGACCGUGGAGAGCAUCGAUCGAUCGGAGUUGCCGAAAGAGUUGGCGCUGCGGUGGACGACGCUGAGUUCGAUCGACGUCUGCGGAAAGGCGGGUCGCGACGAAGCCGCCGCCGUCGCGCGACGCGCGGGCGAAUCGUGGGGCGCCACGUGGCGCGAACGCGCGGCGCACGACGACGCGCGGGUCCUGGCGGAGGGGUUGGAACGAUCGAUCGACGCGAUUCGCGACGCGUGGGGGGAGCUUCCGGAGAAACAGAGAGCGCUCGUCGCCAAAACUUUCGGCGAAGGCGCGUGGCCCCCGGUGGCGAACGCGGUGAUCCGCCGAUGGUUCUCGACCGACAAUUCCGGUUCUUCUAGAAGGCAUCUCGACGAUGAUGAAGACGACGACGGUGUUCGCGUUGGUUCAAACGAGACGGGUUUGAACGAGACGCGGUUGGACGAGGAGCGCGUCAACGCGCUGGUGGGCGCCGAGGGCGCCGCGCAGGCGCUCGGCCUGGUACCGCCGCCGCCGCACGUCGGACCGGUGGAAUCCGCCGCGUACGAGCGCGACCGGGCGGAACGCGCGGGAUACGUUGCCGCCGUCCUCGCCGCCGCGCGCGACGCGAUCGUCGGGAACCCCCACGAGACGAUGCGCGCGCUCGGGCGCUCCGGGGAUGGCGACGGCGCGGCCGGGGAUGAAAUGUCGGCACCCGGGGAUGGGGACGGCGCCGGGGAUGAAAAGUCGGCACCAUGGGAUGGGGACGGCGCCGGGUCCGGUUGGCGGCCGGGUACGGGCGGCGCGGGUGCCGGGUUCGGCGACGAGAUCGCCGUAUGCGCCGUGUGCGUCGAGGAGGGUGCCGACUUUUUGGACGGGGAAUGGUGUACGGUGAGCUCGGCGGCGCACUCCGUAGCGGCGCUCGCGCACCGGACGCUUCGCGGGGACGGAAAGUCGGCACCCGGAGACGCGUCGACGGCGUUCGCGGCGGCGCGCGACGCGCUCGAUCUCUUCCGAGCGCUUCGGGACCCGGAAAACUCGGCGGCGUCCAACUCGCCUCCGUCGCCCGCGGCGGUUUGCGUGUACCGAAACGACUGCCGGUACCUCGCCGCGAGAUGGCGCGGAUCGACGCAUCACCUGUGCUCGGGGUCCAACUCGGAGGACGUGUCGACGCGACGGUUGGUAUCCCUGUCCCUCGCGGCGGUUGCCGUCCUGCACGCCUCCGGCGACUCCGCGGUGACGGGCAUGCUCGCGAGGUGCAAGGCGGAUGUCUUCCACGCGCUCGACGACGCAAACGGCUUUCGCGAUCUCGGCGAGGACGGCGCGUCGCGGGAGGCUCUCAACGCGGUGCGUCGCGCGAGACACGCUUUGGGAAGGGUGUGCGGCGCGGUGUCCAGGCUGCUGCCGCGACGCCUCGGCGCGCGGCUCGCGCGUGAGCUUCUGGCGGCGUACGCGGAGAAGGUGGCGGAAAAUGCGUUGGCGUUGUCGGAUGUCAGCGUUGACGAAUCGGAGUGCCUCCGGGGAAUUUUAGUCGAGGCUUUCGACCCGCGCGGGUUGCUCGUGGCCCUUCCCGGCACCCUCGCGAGCGGCGGCGGCAGGGCCGCGGCGGACGCGGAGGCGUGCGCGCUCGUCGACGGGCUCGAGGGUGACGCGUGGAUGAAGGGUUCGUUUUUGCCGUCGAUGCUGGACGCGAGGCUGACGGAUCUGGCGCAGUGGUGGGACGAGGGGAGGUUACCCGCGCUCGGCUUCGACGUCGCCGAGGUGGCGGGGUUCGUACGCGCCAACUUCGAAGCGAGCGAGAACCGUGCCGCGGUGCUGGAACGAUUGCGCGAGCGGUGACGAUUGGGCGCGAUUCGACGAAGACGCAUCACCGGUACGGAGUUUUCCUCCCAAAAACAAAUUCACC